AUGGCCAAAACCAAAGCUGAGCCUGAGGCUGGCACAGUGAACGUCAACAUUGCAGACUUCCAGCGAACUCGCGACUCUGUCAUUGUUGCUCUCGCUACUCUACAGUCUAGUGUUAAAGAACUCUCUAAAGCAUACAUCAACCAUGCAAACACUGUGCUUGCCCCUGGCAAAGUCGGGUCACUCGACUCGAAUCUUACUGAGGUUCUUACCGAGUCGAACCUCUUGGGGGGUGGUACCAUUCCAGGACUGACGGCUCCUCAAGAUGUCGCCGAAGAGGGCAAGAAGAAGAGGAAGCGAGCUCCACAUGAUCCAAACGCACCCAAGCGUGCCUUGACUCCCUACUUCCUAUAUAUGCAAAACGCUAGGGCUCAAAUACAUCGAGAGCUUGGUGACCAAGCAAGACCGAAGGAGGUUGCUGACGAAGGCACACGACGAUGGGGUGACAUGUCUGCUGCUGAGAAGAGUAUCUGGGACGACAAGUACCAGAAGAAUCUUGCCGCAUACCGGGUAAGAAUGGCUGCAUACAAGGCUGGUCAACCAGUCCCUUCUGAAGAAGAGGCUCUCCACCUCGUCGAGGCGGGUAAAGCCCCAGAGCAUGUGCCUGGAAUUGACGGCCCUGAAGAGUCAGAAGUAGAGGAGGCUGCUGCUCCAGUCGAAGAAGUUGCCGUUGCUGCUGAGGAAUCAGAGGAAGAGGAUUCACCUGAGCCGGAGAAGGAGCCAACUCCACCGAAGUCGAAACGAAGAAAGUCUGACAAGAAGGUUGAGGAGACCCCCAAGGAGACCCCCAAGACAAAAGGUAAGGAGCGAAAGGCUAAGAAGGAGGCUACACCUCCUCCUCCUGCUGCUAAGCCCGCCAGCGAAAAGCGGAAGAAGACACGCAAAGGAUAG